AUGGCAAGACUCAAUUUCCUAGGGUUUGUGAUUUCACAAGGUAAGAUGGAGAAGACCAUCAAAGUACGUAUUUUGCAAAAAAAAUUCGAUAGAAAAGUCCAAAAAUAUUUCCUCCAGAAGAAAGAUUAUUUAGUUCACGAUGAAGGUAAUAUCUGUAGGGAAGGUGAUUUGGUUAGAAUUGAACAGACAAGGCCAUUAAGUGCAAGAAAAUUCUUUGCUGUUGCUGAAAUCAAAAAGAAUAAAGGUCAACAGUUUGCAACUUAUCAAAAGGAAGCCAAAGCAAAUGUUCAAAAGGAGGAAAGAGAAAAGAGUAGUCUAUUGGAACAAAAGAGAACGCUAUACGAAAAGUUUUCAGAUAACUCUUUGUAUGAAGACUUAUCGAGCGUUCAAGCUUUAAGAAGAAAGGAAAACUUGACCGAAGAAGAAGUCGAAAAAAUAACUGAAAUCAUGGGCAAAUACAAUAUCUCAAAUACCAAUGUUGAGUCUCCAAGCAAAGAGUUAUUUACGACUUCAAUUUCCAGUCUCUCAAGUAAGAUUGAAUCACUUUCAAAUGAUUUAAAGCUAACUGAAACCUUAAAUAAUCUAUUAAACGAUGAAUCAAAGAAGGAUAUUGUUUACCAAAUAUCCGAGAAGUUAAAUAUUACUCCAGAGACUAAGAAGAAUAUUAGAAAAAAUUUGAUCAGAAAAUACUUGAAGACUGCACCAAGUGAAGAAUUACAAAAACUAGGUUUAUCCUUGUAA